AUGAGGCCGUUGUCUUUGAAGGGCCACGAUCGUGCAUUGACUCGCGUCAGAUUUAAUCGAGAAGGAGAUCUGCUAAUUUCUGCAGCAAAGAACAAACAGCCAUGUUUGUGGUAUACCGAAAAUGGCGAGCGAAUAGGUACCUAUGAUGGUCAUAAUGGUGUAGUAUGGGAUGUGGAUGUGUCGUGGGACACAACGAGAUUGGGAACAGCGUCUGGAGAUAACUCCAUAAAGUUCUGGGACUGCGAAACUGGUGUCGUCUUGCACACGAUCAAUACUCCCACUCCAGCAAAAUCAGUGAACAUCUCAUUCUCAGGGCAUCUUCUUGCGUAUACUACACAAAAAAUGACAAAGAAUCCAUCAGUGCUCUGCGUUGUGGAUACUAGAGAUGAUCAACAGAUGACGGCAGAUGAUCCGUUGUUCCGAACUCACUUCGAGUUUGACAAUUCCGCGACUACUUGUGUUUUCAGUGGAGCCUCCGACAUUGCAAGUCUUUGUUUUCGCAUCGUUAGAAGUUCAUGCUGUAGCUCAAACGAGUGA